AUGAGAGGGUUCUCGCUAUUAACUAUCCUUUUGGUAUUAGGUGUUAUUUAUGUGCAAACAGCAACACCCCAAGAAAGGUUCAAGAUUAAGGGACCUAAAGAAUCAUCGGAACCUGUUUUCUGUUUUGAUUUGAUUAACAAGGGUGUUGCAAAGCAAGGUGAUACUUGUUUGAUGAAAAUUGUUGAUGCUUUUCCAACACAAUUACCAAUUGGUUAUGUAGCUGCUGCAUGUAAAAGAGAUAAAUUGGAAGAACUAGCUGAAAAUGGUGACUUCUUCAAACAAUUAGAAAAGAAGCCAGUUCCGGUUGUUAUCGGUCCAUACUCUAAUCAUCAACAUACCCAUUCUAAUUCUAGUCUGUAUAUUACUGAUCAUCACCAUUUAAUUUAUGCUAUUUUCAUGAUGAGGGGUUCUUAUCUUCCACCAAAGUAUAGUGACAUUACUGAAAGAUAUGUCUACGCUACUAUUCAAAGAGAUUAUUCAACCUUAUCAAAGACAAAUUUCUGGAAUACUCUCAUUAAGAACAAUUUGACAUAUACAUAUGAUGAAUUUGGCAAGCCAUUACAUAAUUUCCCAGAUUCUCUUCCAUCCUCAGUUAUGUAUUUAAAGAAUGAUCCAUUCCGUUCUCUUGCUUAUUUCGAUAGAAGACAAGGAGGUUAUGGUAAGAUUGACCAAGAAUUCCAAGAAUUUUCUUGGGCCAAUUAUUUGAGAGCGAAUUCUUUCUUCUCACCACUUAAUCAAUAUACUGAUCUUACAUCAUUUGAUAUGGAAGCACCUACUACUAAAAAGCUCAUUCCUGCUGCUGUUUAUGCUUCUCAACAACCAGAUGCUAAGAAUUUACCAGGUUUUGGACAUGGUAAACGCCAAAACCCAGAAUGUAAAUAUUUCAAAUAA